CCUUUCCUCACAGAGAGACGACGGCCAUGAAAACUGCAGCUUUGUUUCUCACACUUCUCUUCUUCUUGGUCACACGAUCAACAACUGAAGGAUUGGUGGAGACUAGCGUCCAGUCCCAGUGUAGAGACCGGUACCUGUGGAUCCACGUCGUGUCUCCACAGACGCCGCGCUUCCAAGCUGUAGAUGGAAAUGGCGUCCACGUCAUCAACGAUCAGCUGGCCUCGCAGUGUGGUUACACCGUCAGUGCGCUGGAGGUGGAGGAUGUCACCACCUUCAGGGCUUCGUAUUAUUCCUGCUUCACUCACAACCAGAACGAUGAAGUUUUCACGUUCAGAUUUAAUGUGAUGGUGAGCGAUGACGGCAGUAAAUGGGUGGAGCAAGCAGUGUCUGUGGAGUGUUCCGCUUCGUCAUGGACGCACAGAGAGGUCACCUGUGAGGACCACUACAUGGAGGUGAACGUGAACAGACAGUCCUCAUGUGAAGGUCAGCAGGGAGGAGGUGACCACAUGUGGCCAGCAGCUUUCUCUCAGGCUCAGAAGAUGGCCACGCCCACCUGGCAGCUGUUGUUCCUGCAAAGACAUGGACAGAUGUCCUCCAUGUCCAUCAGUGAGGCACAGACGCGGGGUUACAGCCUGACCACCACUGACCACAGGGUGGUGCUGCGCUCGCGGUACAAACAGCAGCAUGCUAACGUCAUGAUGGUGGACGGCAUCCCUGUGGAGGUCGUCCAGGUUUCUCUGAUCUUCAGGAAACGGCUGGUGGUGGUGAUGAUUGACAUGUCCAUGGCAUGCACUCGUAAUUCAGGUUCUUUUGAUGGUUCUUGGCUGCAGUGGGACAUUCCUCGGGUCAUGACCCCUCUGGUUGAGGAGGUGGCGACGUUUGAAAGUCAGAUGUUCAGUGUGGGAGUGGAGGGUGUGCUGCUGGAAGAAGUCAACGCCACCACCAGAGGGAUUAGUCUGGUCCAGCGAGGGAGUGUGGUUCAGAUCAUGGUUCCUUUUGGAGCAGAAGGAGGUCAUAGAAAGAGUUUGGUGGUGAACGACACGUAUCACGAGCUGUACACCAUCUCCAUGUUGUACGAACACGUCUUCUCUCUGCGCUACGAAGACGGCAGCAGCACUGACACAAGACACCGACUGCUGCGAGUGCUGGAGACGCCUCCACUCUGUCGGCCGCUGUUCACUCUGCACCAGACAGACGCUCAUUUCCAGUUGUUCAGUGUCUACUUGGGUAACGUUCCUGCCGAUGUCAUUUUACAGGAAGUGUGGAUCAACAGGAAGCAGCUGAUGCUAGAGGACGCAGAGCGCAUCAUCAUCACACCUGUCCUUCACACUAAUGGCAGUCGAGCCUACGAGCUCCAGCUGCCCUUUGAGGACGCUGCCGUCCACUCCACGUACUUGGGAGGCGGUGUAGUCCAGUAUUCUGCAGAUCUGAACUUCACUUUAACCAUCGUACCACAGAGAAGCUCGUAUCACCACCACACGUCCGUCAGCACACGUGUUUCCAACACAUUUCCUCCUCAGGUAACGGCUCAGUGUUCAAACAGAGGAAUCACCUUUAACGUCAAUCAUCCGCCUCGAGCCAUGAGUCUGUGGGAGGUGGGCGUCGACCAUGAACCUCUGACAUCACAGCUGGUGGCUCAGAGAAGGUACCGCCUCCACAAUGACAGCCACAGAACCUCCCUGGAGGUCCCGGUGUUCUCUGUCGGAUACACGUACGAAGACAUCAACCUGUCCAACUUUUAUGGAACAUUUCAACUUGUCCUGAGAGACACCACUACUCUGGAGGUCCAGACGUCCGUCUCGAAACGCUGCCUCUUCAAAACUGAGGACAUGAUGGUCUGUUCUACAGACGGAACCAUGACUGUGGUGACCAGUCCAACAUUCACCUGGCCCACAGUGAGGCCUGACAGAACCAGUCUUCUGGACCGCACCUGUGGACCAAAACAGGCCGAUGGAUCCAGAGUUCUUUUUGAGUUCAACGUGAACUCCUGUGGAACAAGAGCCAUGGUUGGGGAGUCCUCUGUGGUUUAUGAGAAUGAGAUCAUCCAUGACAGACAGCUGAUUCCAGAUGGACAUCAUUUCAUCUCAAGAGAAUCUCAGUUUAAGUUGACACUGAGGUGCUUCUACCCACUAAGUGCAGUCAGCAGACUUUCUGUGGACAGGAACUUCAGAGCAGGGGCUCCUGGGUUUGGUUCAAUCCAGGUUUUUGGGAGCCUUGAUUCAGCAAGUCAAGUCCCCGGGCAAAAGUGUAUACAUCAGAUUUCUGGAAAUCCAAGCCAAAGCCCUGCAGCAGGUGGCGCUGUGCCUCAACCCAAACCUGGGUCUAUCCACUCCACUGAAGUAUCAUCCGCUCUCCCAGACCUCCAAACAUUUCAAACUGUCCCUCAGCAGGUGUCCUCUCACCCUGGUCAACUUACGUCUCAUGAAAAGGACCAAAGUGUCUCCUCACAUCGUUUCCCCACAUAUGACCAGGUACCGGACAGCAGCAUCCAGCUGUCCAAUAUCAAAACACUUAGCUCUGACUCCGGGGUAGUGACUGAGGAACAUCCAGGACAUGAUGGUCCCACAUGGGCCCUGUCCAAUAGCCUCAAGCUUAACCAGUACUUGCAGAGUCUUCAGGAUAACCUUUCGUUCAGUUUGCAACUCAAACCUUCAUCUGAUGCUGUCAACAACCAACCAACUUCUACAGCAACCCACUGGGUCAACCACGACCCGGAACGGAUCGGGUCCAUCGACAGACGGAACACUGAGACAUUCGUGUCCAAUGUCCGCAACAUGAGAAUCAAACCUCUGAGCAAACUUGUGGGUUCUGGGCGUCAUUUGAAACCUCAACCUCCUGUUGGACAAAUCUCUGAUCCGCCACAGUCUGGCCUUGUCCUGACACAAGUCUGCAGUCAUGGUAACCACCAGACCCCCCAAGAGCUUCAAGGCCAUAGAGGUUCAAACCUGGGACAAGACCACAGACCAGUCGGAGUCAAAGUGCCUCCAUCUGCAGUGAUCCAGCAGGUACGACACCAGAACCAGGUACUUGUCCAGAAAGGGAAAACAAGAGACCAGGUCCAAGCAGGGGCGUACACAGGAAACCGUGGAGGACCAGAAUCUGUUUCAGCUCAAAGAAAAGUGUUUCUGCUUGCAGGUGUGUCUCAUGUCAGAGUCCGACCUGGUCCUGGUCUCUCUGGAAGAUUCCAAACUCAAGACCAAUCCAGACAGCAGACCUUUCAGAGCCCAGUCACCAGAGGAGAAACGAGCAAGAUGUCGGUCCUCGGCAUCACACCACAGACAACGUCCAAGACUCUGGUCCAAGUCGGAGAACAUGAACCAACUGAUCACAGUGACAAGGACCAAAAUCCCACUGCAGGACCAGAUGGGUUUACUGGUUUUGAUGGUCCCGGUAGUCCAGGUUUAGACCUCAAAAUCCACAGUAGGUCGAACUGUGAGAGUCUAUAUGGAUCUAGUGUUCACCAAGGCAUCGUUAGAGGUACGAACAACUUCCACACACAACACUGCAAAGGUUUCAGGUAGUGAUCUGAUCACGUUCAGGUCAAUGAGUGAAUGUCACUAACGGCAACCGAGAGACGCGUCCAUCUAAUUUGUAUCAUCUGAUUCAAUACAAAGUAGUUUAUAGAGGGAUACAGCGCCACCUAGGGAGGCAGAGUCCUCCACAUGUAAACCCAGACUAUUGUCUGUCUUAGUCCGACUAUGACCUUAACAAAGCUUGUUUUUGUUUGUUUUCAGGUGACCACAGCUGAUGAAGAAAGACCUCACACACAUUCAAUAAAAGGUUAAAUUGCUUUCA